AUGCUGCACACAGAAGAAGAACUAGGAAAUAUUUUGAAUAAUUUUAAAGAAAGAAUAUUAGUUAAAAAUUGUCUCGAGUGUUGGGAAAAUAUUUCUUUUUACACCGAUGGAAGAGUUGUUUGUUGCAACAAAAUAAAUAACAUAGAUAUUCGACUUAUAAGAAUACAUGUUUUUGUCAUAGGAAAGUUUCAAUAA